UUUUUGGGCGGUGGACGUUGAAAUGUCGAUUUUAUGAUGGAGGAAAGGGGAAAAAUGAAGGGGGCAAAAUGGAGUGCUGAAAAAUGCGUUCUUUUUUCUUUCUCCGGCGGGCCAGCCGCCAACAAAACUCUAAAAAAAAAUAAAAAUACUGCGGAGAUGGGGGGAGGGCGAUAGUAGAAAAAGAAGGAAGGAGAUCUCCUUUAGUGCAAUGGUUCCUUUCAGGCUGGCGUUGGAUCCUAGAGUUUUUUUCUUCAUGUUAGUAUUGUCAUUUUUCUCCUUUCCACCCACAUUUUUAUUUUAUGUUUCUUUUUGGCAGCCGCAUUUAAAAUAUUUUUAUUUUUUUUUCUUUAAUGUCACAGCCAAAUUACCUACUUAUAGCGGCAAUUUAAUGCGCAUUUUAUACCUGGAAGGAAUCCGUUUUUGGAUUAUUCUAGUCAUCUCAAUAACCCUCAUCCUCGUUUAG